AACACUUUACUCUGACGCUUGCUCAGUGCAGCCUUCGUAGUGAACAACAAAGCGAUACACUGCUGCCUGGCAAACCUAUGGAGAUCUGGUGACAAUCGUGUGCUGAUUUGGAUGUUUGGCAAGUCGUUCAGCUGUCAACCAUAGCCUACCAUGCCCCUCUCCACUGAUCCACAAGUGUACCUCUGACAGAAACAGGUAGAUCGCGCCAUGCAAAGUGCAUCAAGGUAACAGAACGGAGUGCAGAAUACAGUGUGACAGCUGCAGAGAAGGUGCAGAGAGCGUGAUCAAACUAACAUUUGAAAGAAGACAAUGGAACUAUUUGAAGAAGAAUUGACCUGUCCCAUCUGUUGUUGUUUACUUGAAGAUCCACGGGUUCUCCCUUGUUCACAUAAUUUCUGUAAGCGAUGUUUAGAAGGCAUCUUGGAAGGAAAUGGGAGAGGUAUGCAUUGCAAAAUCCCUUUUAAAUGUCCAACUUGCCGCAAAGAAACUCCCACCAUGGGAAUCAGCAAUUUGCAAGUGAAUUAUUCACUGAGGGGAAUAAUAGAGAAAUAUAACAGGAUUCAGAUCAUACCUAAAGUUCCAAUCUGCGAGAAGCAUAGUGGACAACCACUGAAUAUCUUUUGCUCAACAGACCUUCAAUUAAUCUGUGGAUUUUGUGCUACCAUGGGAGAUCAUGAAGGUCAUUCCUUCUGUGCCAUCAAUGAUGCCUAUAAAGAGGAGAGAGAAGCUUUUAAUGGACUUUUCCAAGGCCUUGAAACCUGGUGUUCUGCUGAUGUGCAGUCAUGUCUUGAGAAACUAGAAAGCGACAAGAAAAAGUCCCUGCAAUUAAUAAGCAAGGAUGCAAAAAAGAUUAUGGAAUAUUUUGCUAAGUUGCAGCACACACUAGAACAGAAAAAAAAUGAGAUUUUUUCAGAUUUUGAAACCAUGAAGCUGGUGGUAAUGCAGGCUUAUGAUCCAGAAAUAAAUAAAUUGAAGAUGAUUCUAGAAGAACAGAAAAAAGCUUUUGCUUUGGCAGAGACAUUUAAGGAUGUCACUGAUCCAGUCUUAUUUCUACAACAGAUGCAAGAGUUUCGCAAUAAAGUUAAAAUUGUAAAGGAAACCCCAUUGCCUUCCUGCUCUGCAGAGGUGCAUCCUGUAAUGAAAAAUUUCAAUACUAGCCAUUGGGAUAGAGUGAGGCUGAAAGAUGUUGAUAAGGUUACUUUACCUACAGAAACUUACACCUUCAGAUUUAAAACACCCACUAAAAAGUCAGGUAGAGUCCUUGCAGUUUUUAUUAUUUUCCUCCUGCUUUUUACAGUGGCAUUCUGUCAUUGUGAGAUAGUACAGAGCCUAGAGACUUUGAAAAGUCAAGUGAUCGCAUUCACUGACUUGUUGUAUUAUAGUGAGAUUACAGAUGUAUUUUCACUUGAGUAUAGAAGUAUUACUGAAGAGCUGUGGCAGUAUAUAGCAGAAUUUAUGCAAACAUAAGAUGCUGUAAGUAGAUUGAAAUAUCACUGCUGAAUCUGCAGUUGCAUCAUUGACCAACGUGGAGUUGCAUCUGAGAUCUGUAGGAUCAGAUAUCUGGGACCAAUAUCUUUCACUAACAAGGUACAAUACACCACAAUGUAAUCAAUAUUUAAGUAUUUUCACGAAUAAGGAUUUUCAGUUUUUAGAUUCAUUUUCGAAUUUACAACAGUUGUGAUUCUAAAUGUCAUUAGAUAGACACAUUUUAGCUGUUUAUAUUGUGCCUACAUGACUGGUGGCUGUUGUAACUGAAUAGUAGUCUCCCCCAUCAGAUUUAUUUUGUCUUUGCUGUGAUGAUCUGGAAAGGAUCUAAUGAAAUUAAAUGUCUUUGGUGAGUAAUAAUUAUCAACUUUCUAAACUACCACUUGUAUUGAAUAUUCCAGAUGCAUAUGCUUGCACACAGUGAUGCAUAUCUAUUUCUGUAAAAAAUAGUAUCGCAGCUUUUCUUUACAUUCAUUUCGGUGAAACAAGUAGAAUGUUAUUUUUAUGGUCUGAGUAUUUUUAUGGAUGAGUACAGUUGUGCAUAUUAUUAUAGAAUUGUAAAGUACAUUCCUCAGUAUGGUGUAUACGCAGACUAUAACUGAUUCUGGAUAUUUGUAUUAAUAAAUGUUUUAAUAAUUUAUGGCUGCCUAUUGUUUUAGAAAUC